AUGCCUCCUGACUGGCGGGUUUCGACGAUUACAGCGACUUUGUUGCUGGUGCUGAUAUUGGCUGUGACACCGCUCACGGAAUUAUCGACUUUUGAGGAAUCCUUUCCAGACGUCAGAGAUGAAAGUGCACAAGAGAUAGCAGCAGCGCCAAUCAAAGACGGGAUGAGACCACUUGUACUCUACACCUACGCUGAAUCGCCAAAUGCAAGAGCAAACCUCGAAUUCUUCAUCGCGAAAGGCGUUCACGGAGCAGCAGAUUUCAUCUUCGUUUUCAACGGAGAAACAGAUGCGACGGAACUCAUACCAUACCAGCCGAACCUCAAAAUUAUAAAGCGAGAGAAUAAGUGUUUCGAUCUCGGGACGAUAGGCGAAGUCCUCAUGAAGGAUGGUCUGUGGAAGAAUUACAAGAGGUUUAUUACUCUGAACGCGAGCAUUCGAGGGCCAUUCUUCCCGGUAUAUGCCUCCAGCAGCUGCUGGACUGAUGUAUUUCUGGACAGAGUCAAUGAGAAAGUUAAGCUCGUAGGUACAACUUUCAACUGCAUCCCCAGGCCACACCUACAAUCUAUGCUGUUCGCCACAGACGAUAUUGGCAUGGCGAUUCUCCUGGACCCGACACUUGCAAACUCGGCCUCGAUUGAGGACUACUGGGGAACAAAAGAUGACCCGGUCGGCUUCACUCAAUGCUACGAGACGCUGAAGCUGGCUGUCCAUUCCGAGGUUGGAAUCACGGAGCUAAUAAGAUCGCAAGGAUAUGAGGUGGACAGCUUGUUGACAGCAUUCCAUGCUGCAACACCGACAAGCUAUUGCGAGAAGAACGGAUAUCCAGAAGAUAUCUUGUACGAUAGAAAGUACUAUGGAGCCAAUGUCCAUCCCUACGAGACGGUGUUCAUCAAGGCAAACAGGGACAUUGACCCAACGCUUCUUGAGGACAUGACGACAUGGCAUCUGGAUCAAAACACAACGAGCUGGAAUACAUGUGGUGGACAAGUCUGA